GCCCGAAAUGCAUUGACGCUCCCUAAGCCUGCGUCUUCGCUGACGUCAUAUCUGAAAUUUGUCCGACGAUCCCCGAGGAUUUUGCGGGAACUUCGUGUUACAAACCAAACGAAGGCGCGCUUCUUGUCGGGCUCGUUUUGUUUCUGUGGACGUCUAGACGGAGGAGCCAAGUAACAGUGAACUUCUGUCCGAAGGGAUUCAGAGGGCACUUUGUUGUGAAGAGGAUGAAGAAGAAAAGAAGCUCUCUUACUGAGAAUCAGGAUGAUAGCAGGCUUUCUGAAUCUUCUAGACCGAAAAAGAGCCGCAUUGGUGGCCGGAAAUCAAAGUCUUUUGUGCAAGAGGCGGCAGAUGACUCGGUGUUCGGACAGAUGCUCCGAUCGGCUGGGGUUAUCUUACAGCAGGCAGGUGCUCCUGUGGAGAUUGCAUCAGACCAAGCCGUGUUCCAGAAGAAAAUUUACCAGUGUUUGAGAAAGCAUCCACGUUACCCAAGUGUUGUACAGGAGUUCAUAACAGGGCUAGAAUCUCAUAUGGAGGACAAAGAGAACCUGAGGUCCUGUCUUCUUCCAUGUGUCCUCAGAGUUUUGGAUGGAGAGUCCAGUGCUAAUAAUUCAUACCAUGAGAGCCUCCUAAAGCUGCUGCUUGGAAUUGACAUCCUACAGCCAAAAGUGAUCAAUACACUGUUUGAGAAGCUGCCUGAGUUCAUGUUUGAUGGCGUUGGAGAAGAUGGCCUGAACAUGCCACGACUCAUAAUCAACCAGUUCAAAUGGCUAGAUAGGGUUGUGGACUGCAAGGAUCUGGCUAGUAAACUUAUGCAGCUUGUAGCUGUUGCACCAGUAGAGAUUCAGCGGGACAUUAUCACUAGCUUGCCUGAGAUCCUGGAGGACACACAGCAUGAUGAUAUCUCAAAAGAACUUAACUGUCUUCUUCAAACAAAUCCCCCGCUUACUGUCCCCAUCCUGGAUGCUCUUUCAAGUCUCCGCUUAAGCGUCACCCUACUCACUGAGGUUCGUCAGGCUGUCAUGAUGAGACUUUCUGCAAUGUCAUUGGAGGAUUUGCCGGUGGUCGUUAAAUUUAUUUUACACUCCAUCACAGGAUCAGAAGCUGUUGAGGUUAUCUCAGAUCUUCGAAAAAAGUUGGAUCUUGAAUCAUGUAUUUUACCGUCACAACUUCAGACAUCACAGGGCCGGGAAAACCGUAAAGGACCAGUGAGGUCUUCCCUAAAAUCGCUCUCAAGUAAUAAUGGGGACUGUGUGACACUUGUUUUAGAUGUCAUUAAAUCUUCGAUUCGUUUCCAGAAAACUAUUUCUGAUGCCUGGAUAAAGGCCAUUGAGAAUGUUGACUCUGCUGCUGAACAUAAGGUGAUUGAUCUCUUAGUACUCCUCAUCUUACAUGUGGUAAAUGCCAAUAACAGUCGUCGGGGGGCAGAAAAGGUUCUCCGAAACAAAGUGAGAGGAGGACAAAUUCGAGAAUCUUUACUCCGAGCUGCUGUCAGGGACCAUGCUGUGGUCGUCCGAGCCUACUUCCCUUCCAUUCUUUCUCUUGCUCAGUCUCUGCUGUGCUCAGCUGACCCCAGCACAGUCACUUUUGGAAGUUUAAUGUACCGGGAAGCAUUUAACUACUUUGACUCCUACUGCCAACAGGAGGUGGUGGGCUCUCUUGUCACUCAUGUGUGCAGUGGAUAUGAGAAUGAAGUCGAUGUCUCUUUGGAGAUCCUCUCUGAACUAAUAGCCCAGCGGCCAGCUGACAUGGCUCUCUAUGCUGUGUUUGUCAAGGGCAUACUGGAUUACAUGGAAAACCUCAGCCCUUCACAGAUCCGCAAGCUCUUCUGUAUCCUGAGCACCUUGGUAUUCAGCCGAGGCACUGAUAGUUGCCACAUUCAGGAUGACAUGCACAUUGUAAUUCGAAAGCAGCUCUCCAGUACUGUGGCAAAAUACAAAAGAAUUGGCAUCAUUGGUGCUGUGAUGGUAGUUGGAAGUAUGGCUGCAGUCAGAACAAUGACGGACAAUCCGGAUUGUGAUCAAAUGCUCAUAUCUAAGGAAUGCUGUAGGCAGGCAAUUUCUCUGUUGGAGCUGGUGCGUUCAUGUAGCGAGUCUUCUCCUGAGGCAUCGGCCCUUUAUUAUGAUGAGCUGGCUAACCUGGUGCAAACUGGCAAACUAGACCCUCAAGUGCAGGAAUGGAUCGGAAAAACUGUGCUUGAAGAUUUCCAAGAAGAUUUUAUUGUAGACCAGGGACCUGAACUGAAAGGGACAUUUCCUUUCCCUCCAUUGUUAAUGUAUAAUUUGGAUGAGGAUGAUAAUGAAGAAGGAAUUGCAGUCAAUCUUCUGCCUUUACUUGCUGAAGACAUUCUUCAAAAAAGCCAUCAAUGGAAUCCUCCUGGGCAAAGCACCAAGAAGAGGGUUUCGCCUUUGUGCUUGGCUUCCUUCUUCCGUCUUUUACGCUUUUGUGAAGAGAGGCAGUAUGAAGGAGAUCUGGAGGAGAUUGAUGCAUUGCUGGGCUGUCCUUUAAUUUUAACUGAUGUUGGAGUGGUUGAUAAGAUGGAAAGUCUUUCAAAACUGGAGAAGGACUUCCUGUGCACGUUACUAUUUUACACUAUCAACUGGUUUAGAGAGGUGGUAAAUGCAUUUUGUAGGCAGAAGGACCCAGAAAUGAAGGGCAAGGUGAUGAUAAGGUUGCAGAACAUUACAUACCUGCAGACGGUUCUGGAAAGGUGCUUAGCAGCCACUUCAUCUUUCAUUCCUCCUCUCGCCCAUUUUGAUUCGGAGACUCUAGAAGCAGCAAGCAUUCCUCCUUGCAUUGCACUUCCUACAAAGAAGGGAAGCAAAGACAGUACUAGCCAAAAGAAAAAAGCAAAGAACCGAAAGAACUCGUCGGGAGACAGCACUCAGUUUGAAGAUGGAGGAGAAGCGGAAGAGACACCGCAGGAUAAGGAUCUCAAGGAGAAAGAAGAUGUAAAGUCAGAUUUGGGUCUGGAUUCUUACAGGGCUUACUUCCGAGAGCUUGAUAUUGAGGUCCUGAAUGUCCUGAAAAGUGGCCUUCUCACAAGAUCCCUCCUUGACAGUGAAGAGCACACCAAGGUUACAGAGGUUCUGCAGCUGGGACCAGUGGAGCUUGCUUUUUUGUUGGAAGACUUGUCCCGAAAACUCGAGUACAGUCUCAGCAUCUCGUCUGCCAAGAGGGCGCCUUUCCUUAAAGCAAAAGUUGAUAAACAUGUGGGGUUUUCCCACAUAAAGCAGAGAAGCCCCUCAGAAAUUGUGGCAUUUUGCAUCCAUCUGCUUCCUGCGCUGUGUAGCCAUUUGGAGAGUACACAUAACUACUUCCAGGAACUGGCAACAGAAAAUCAGGGAGUUGUUGAUGCUCCAGGGCUUGAUGUGAAGGAGCAGCAGCUCAAGUCUGUCUGUUACCACUCCCUACUUCAGACCCUGCACACUUUGUUCUCCUGGAGUGAAUUUACUCAACAUGAGAAUCGCAAACUUUUGAAAUCGGCUUUGGGAGUUUUGGCUCAGCGUCUGAAAGAGGAUGAAAUUAAAUUGGGUCUGGAAGAGCUUGUAAAGAAUAGUUUCAGAUAUCUGAUAAAUUUCCGGAGCACCCUGCCCAGCAUUAGUCUUGGUCUGACUCUCUCUCAUCUCCUGAUUGUUGUGUCAGAGUUUGGACCCAGCACGCAUUACCAACAGCAGAUAGCUUCUCUGACCAGAGGAUUUCUCUGCCAAGAAUGGGUUUUGCCAAAUGGUGAGAAGGAAAAGGGGAACAAAUAUAAUGAGACGCUACAGAAUCUGCUGAGUAUUUACUUUACACACACUGAAGACGUGCUGAAAGCCAUUGAGGAGAUUGCUGGGGUGGGAGUACCUGAACUCAUCAACGCUUCCAAGGACGGCUGCUCAAAAACCUUCCCAACAAUGAACAGGCAAACAUUUGUAGUUUUCUACCGUGCAAUGAUGAUGGUGCUGGAGAAAACUGUGAGGAAGAUUCCAGUGGGAAAACAAGAUGACUCCAGUGAGUUAAAAGCUGAGAAGCUGUGUACUUGGACUCUCGCCAUGAGGGAUUUCCACAUCUUGGUAAACUUGGUGAAGAUUUUUGACAGCAGAGUGGUGCUUGGUGUUGGAUUGAAGUAUGGCCGUCUCUUUGUAGAAGCCUUUUUAAAACAGGGGAUGCCUCUGCUGGACUACAGCUUCAAGAAACACAAGGAAGACGUUCAGAGUUUGCUAAAAACAUUCCAGCUGAGUACACGACAACUUCAUCACAUGUGUGGCCACUCGAAGAUUCGACAAGACACCGGGCUCACAAAUCACGUUCCGCUGCUGAAGAAGAGUCUGGAGCAGUUCGUGUACCGGGUCAAGGCGAUGCUUGCGCUCAACAACUGCCAAGAGGCCUUCUGGUUAGGAAACCUUAAAAACCGAGACCUGCAGGGUGAAGAAAUUCUGUCUCAGAAUGCAAACGAAAGUGAAAGUGAGGAGGACGAGGCUCCUUCAAACAGCGGUGCUGGAGAGGAUGAAGAUAAAGAAAAUAAGCAGGAUUCCGAAAAAAGACAGGAGGAGGACGAGGAUGAUGAAGAAGAAGAAGAAGCUGAUUCUGAUUAGUCCUCUUGAUUCAUAAAAUAGAUGUUGGCAUUUCAAAAUGUUGCACGUUGCUGUUGGUGUAGCUUCUCUUUGUAAAUAACUUCCGAUUUUUCUUUUAUGAUUCACAGAUUGCCACGGUUUGUAAAUCAAAGAUCAUAAAUAUUGAGUCUGCACGACUGGCCACUUUGCACUCUCAUCUCCCCCUUUGCCACUUUUAAUUAAACGCUCGUGUCGUGAUGCGGACAAAUUUAA